GUUUUACCGUACUCUUUGUUUGGAUUUCAAAGCAUUUAGUCAGCUGAUCGGUUUGAAGGAUGAUACUUCAUUUGUUUUCGGGACCAAUAGUAAUCUGACUAAUAUGCAGUUUUCUGUCCUCUAAAGACCUUCCAAUAAAGCUUCGUAAUGGGGUCCCCGCGUUGUGUGGUUUUGUAGAUAUUCAAGUUAUCUAAAAUGGAAAACUUUUCUAAUUAUUUUAAUACUAAUGGUUCGGCCGUGGCUAAUGGGAAGACUAAUUCAUACCACAGAAGCGACGUGUGUAUCAACGAUAGUCUGCCGAAAGAGUUAAUCAUCAGGGUUUUUUCUUACUUAGAUAUCACUACUCUAUGCAAAUGCUCUCAAGUUUGUAAAUUUUGGUAUGAAUGUGCUUUCGAUGGGAGCAACUGGAAGAGUAUUAAUUUAUUUGACUUUCAGCGAUAUGUGCAGCCCAAAGUAGUUGAAAAAAUCGCCCAGAGAAGUCGCGGUUUUCUUCGUGAGUUGAGGCUGAAAGGUUGUCGAAAUGUUACCGAUGAGGCUCUAAAAUGUUUUACUGAACUUUGUCAUAUGAUUGAAAGUUUGGACUUGUCAGGAUGUCAAAACUUGACGAAUGGAACUUGCAGUUAUUUGGGAAAAAAUUGUUCUCUUCUGACGACUUUGUCCCUGGAAAGUUGCUCUCGUAUAGAUGAUGCUGGAUUAGAAAUGCUAAGCUCGUGUUCAAAUCUAACAUGUUUGGAUGUGUCAUGGUGUAGUGUUGGAGAUCGUGGACUAACUGCUAUCGCCAGAGGAUGUAAAAGUUUGCAAAGAUUUCGUGCUAUAGGUUGUCAAGAGAUAACAAGUCGUGGUGUAGAACAAUUAGCACGUCACUGCCAUGGUUUAUUACUGUUGAACUUGAAUUACUGUGGACAGGGUGUCACAGAUGAAGCUAUGGUUCAUCUUUCUAUUGGCUGUCCUGAUCUACGUGUACUAGCUAUAUCACAUUGUCCAAUAACUGAUCAAGGUCUUCGUGCAAUCGCUGGCACAUUAUCGCCAGCUGCAGCGGCAGCUAUCGUUGGACAAGCUACAUCUACCAGUCAGCAAAAUGGGAUCCCUUUAAUUCUUCCAGUAGUAACAAGCAAUGGAAGUGUUAAUCAUCAAGAUGCUUCAUCACCAAACAAUAAUGAUAAUCAUGGAGAUCGAAAUUCAACCGUAAAUAAUAAUCGACGUCAAAAAACUAAUGAUUCUAAUAAGACAACAUUGAAUCCAGUUGGAUGUGUUAGCUUAACAACUUUAGAAGUGGCUCGUUGUUCAGCUAUCACAGAUAUUGGCCUAUCAGCUAUCGCACGUGUUUGCAAUAAACUUGAAAAAUUGGAUCUAGAAGAUUGUGCAUUAGUGACUGAUUCAACUUUAGCUCAGUUAGCUGUACAUUGUCCACGUUUAAACACACUGGUAUUAUCACACUGUGAUCAAGUGACUGAUGAAGGUAUUGCACGUUUAGCUGAAGGUCUUUGCGGUCCUGAUCAAUUGCAAACAUUAGCUAUGGAUAACUGUCCAUUACUAACAGAUGCUGCCUUAGAGCAUCUAGGCAGUAAUUGUCGUAAACUUCGACAGUUGGAUUUAUACGAUUGUCAAUUGAUAACGAAACAAGGAAUCAACAGUUUAGAGUUACAUUAUCCCCAACUUCAAAUUCAUGCCUAUUUCGCUCCUGGUACUCCGCCUGCAUUGACUUUUGCAAGACGACGUCGUUAUUGUCGGUGUUGUCGCAUAAUAUAACUUUGUAUGUUUAUUUGUCCCUUUCCCCCACUCACACCUCUAUCAUUCUAUUGACCAAGUUGCCAAUUUGAUUCUAUUGUCUUCUAGUUUAAUUUUCCUCCAAUUUUUAUUUCUGUCAGGUUACCUAACCAUUACACAGUAAUGGAGAGAAGAAUAGUAGCCUGAAUGAAUAAAUACCCAUAAAUUUUAUAGUUUGUUAUAAUAUCUUCCUUGUUACCUUGAAUCGUUGCUCUUUAUAUAAGAUCAUUACAACUUAUAUAUAUAUAUAUACGCGUGUGUGUACAGUGCUAUGUGAAAAGUUAUUGUUCUACGAAAACAAAUCAGUCUUUCUCUCUCUUAUAAUCCCUGUUUCCAUAAAGUACUAUUGUUAGGAUACUGAUAAUUACUAUACUGUCUAAUUGUCAUUUUCAAUUUUAACUUUACUAUUAUGCAUCUGUUUACCAUCCCAUCUUACCCUACAACAUAGUCAUCGUUCAGUCAUAUGUUUAUAUUUGAAAAAUCCCGGUCAUCGACCUAUGCGUUUAUCUCUUAUCUUAUAGUAAGUUUUAACUUUAUUUUUUUUGAACUCACUUAAUUUCUUUCUCAGUUUUUAUUUACUUCUUAAAAAUAUGACUUUCGCUGCAAACACACACACACACAUGUCAGAAUGCACAGAGUUCUUUGCAGAUACAAAUAGAUGAAAAAAAGAUGAAAUUGUACUUUCUGAAUACACAGUUUCAAAAGUCAUCAACGAUAAUAAUAACAACAGUUCUUUUUGAAACACAUACAACUGGAUCCAAAUCUUUUCACUUUAAAUUAGGGUACCAAAGAUAACUUUGAAUUGUUCUACAUCUUUUUCUAAAACUAUCUAUACAUAAUUAUUCCAGUUCAUUCAAAGUUACUUUGUUCAGUUGUUUCUUUGAUUGAGAUAAACAAAAUUAUAUUUAUCUAUUUCUAUCUAUUUGUCCGCCAAAAAUGUUGUCUGUUAACGAGUAUCUCAGACUUAUUUUUUUUCUUUCAAUCUGUGUGUAAUCACCAUCAUCAUCACAAUAAUAAUAAUGCUACCACCUUGUUUUUGUAUAAUGUUUAUUAUUGUCUAAUAUGUUUGUUUGUAUGCGCUUAUGCUUGGAUGUGUAUGUAUGCGUGUGUGUGUCUAUGAAUCAAUCUUAAUGGGGAAUAUUCUGUGUGUGUGCAUGUGUGUGAUUGCAUGUGCAUACGUGUGUAUGUGUACGCGUGUGUUUGAGUAUUUUCUCUUCUUUUUUUUUCUAUAUUUUUAGACGUGUUAUGUGAUGAGUUUUUGUUUUGUUUAUUUGUAUUUUUUUGUUUUUGUUUUGUUGAUUAUUGUGCACUUAAAAAUUGACGAUUUGAAAACAACAACAACAAUAAUAAUAAUAAAUGCAUUAAUUAUUGAUUACUGAUCUGAUCAUUAACAAUGGGGCAAAUCAAACAUGAAGAAUCAGAAGAUUAAAUGUUAUUAGCUUUGGCGUGUAUCUACGGUAAUCUGUGAAUUUGUCUCCGUGUCACGUAUAUAUAUAUAUAUAUAUAGGUUGGAUUUCCAAUUACUCAUUAUGAUCAUGUACAUUUGAAAAAAAUUACCUUUCGUAAUAUCACUUUUAUUAUUUUUAAAUAUGCUUCUCUUUUAAAAAUAAAUAAAUAUAAACAUAAUUAAUUUACUUCUGUCGAAAUGUUUUGCAUAAUUGUUUUGUUUUUAUUUAAGUGUGUUGCAUCACAGAAUGUGUAAUUGAUUUUUAUUGGCUUUAACUUGGUGAUUCAUUGGAAUGAGAUAAGAAAGUUAUUUUGAUGAAUGAAUUACAUUUACAAUUCCAUUUAUAAUAAAAUUCAGAAGUUUUGUGGAGAUUUCAGUAUUUUCAUAGUUGAAAUCAUGAGUUAAUUGAAGAUAGACAACCAUAAAAAACUAGGAAACACUGGACGGCCGUUUUAUCCUAU